GGAUACUGUUUGUGGCGCCAAGUAGAGUCAGGUUUCUCCCAGGUGGAGAAACUGCGGAAUUCCUCGGGCUGCGAGUGGACUUUGCGGACGCCGGCCCCGCUACAGCCCUCGGGGCGCUGCGGCCACCAUGUGGAACAGUGGAUUUGACGGAGGCUAUGGGAACACUUCCUACGUAAGUGGUGGCUACACACAGCCCCCAGGGGGGUUUGGCACUCCUGCUGCUUCUCAGGCUGAAAAGAAAUCAAGAGCACGAGCCCAGCACAUUGUCCCUUGUACCAUAUCACAGCUCCUUUCUGCCAGCCUGAUUGAUGAAGUAUUUAAGAUUGGGGAGAUUGAGAUUUCACAGGUUACUAUUGUGGGAAUAAUCCGACAAGCAGAGAAGGCACCAACUAACAUUGUUUACAAAAUAGAUGAUAUGACUGCUGCGCCGAUGGACGUCAGACAGUGGGUGGACACCGAUGACACAAGCAGUGAGAAUACUGUGGUACCACCAGAAACCUAUGUGAAAGUGGCUGGUCAUCUCAGGUCUUUCCAGAACAAAAAGAGCCUGGUGGCAUUCAAGAUCCUUCCUCUAGAGGACAUGAAUGAGUUUACCAUCCAUAUCCUGGAAACUGUCAAUGCCCAUAUGGUACUAAGCCAGUCCGUCAGCCAGCCUUUGGCAGGAAGACCUUCCCUCAGCACUUCUGGAAUAGGGGAUCCAGGAAGCUUUGGGGGAAACAGCUUUGGUGGGCAUAGUCUUAUGCCAGCAAAUGGCCUCACCGUAACCCAGAACCAGGUGCUGAAUUUGAUUAAAGCUUGCCCAAGGCCAGAAGGCAUGAACUUUCAGGAUCUCAAGUCUCAGCUCCACAACCUGAAUGUGUCUGUAAUCAAGCAAGCUGUUGAUUUUCUCAGCAAUGAGGGACACAUCUAUUCCACCGUGGAUGACGACCACUUCAAAUCCACAGAUGCGGAGUAACUCAACAGCUAGUUUUGUUUUCACAAGAGCCUCAACUCUCACCGUGUGUCGAUUUGAUCUAGUGACUGACAAGGUUUUCCGCAGACACUCUCAUGCCUCCUCAAAGUUUCUGCGCCUCAUCUCCUUCCGCUCCCCUUCUCCUUCUGAUGCUCCAGCUGAUACCAAGCAUACUUACCAGUCAACCAGCAAAAACUCACAGGGAUGUUUGGACUUGGUGGAGGGAGGCACAAGAGGAGUCAGGGGAAAAUAUUAUAUAAAAGAGGGUUUGAAAACUUGGGUCUUAACGCUUCCCUCCCUCCGGAAAAAGUGGGCAGGCCUGGGUGUCCUGGGGCCAGCCAGCGAGGCCUCGUUUUGGGGCGGUGGCUUCCAGGAUGCUUCCAGACCAGGCGCCAGGGGUGACUGGACAGGUGUGUGUGUGUGCCUAUCAUAGCAAUACAGCAUGACGCUGAAGAACGUAAGGGAAGAUCAUUAGGUAGAGUGCAAAAUAAACACGUCCUGAUCUCUGGUUAAUGUU